AUGGUGAAGUUGGUUGGAUCAAACUUCAGGGCAAAUGGCCACUCCAUUUUGUCUGAUGUUCCUUUGAAUGUUAACACUACUUGUUGUGGCGAGAAUGCAAGUGGUUCUUUUAUUGGUUUUGAUGCUUUGGAAGCAAGUAGUCGACAUGUGGUUCCUAUUGGGAAGCUUAGUGGUAUUCGGUUCAUGAGUAUAUUUCGCUUCAAACUUUGGUGGGCCACUCAUUGGGUUGGUUCAAAGGGUCGAGAUCUUGAGCAUGAGACACAAAUGGUCAUGCUUGAGAACUCUGACUCAGGACGUCCUUAUGUUCUAAUACUUCCAUUAUUGGAAGGUCCUUUCCGAGCUUCUAUUCAACCCGGAAAGGAUGAUUUUAUGGAUGUUUGUGUAGAAAGUGGGUCCACACAAGUAUGUGACUCUUUUUUUAAAAGUGUCAUUUAUAUGCAGGCGGGUCCCGAUCCAUAUAGUUUAGUAAAAAAAGCAAUGAAAGUUGUUCGAGAGCACCUCGAAACGUUUAGACUAUUAGAAGAAAAAACACCACCCGGUAUUAUUGACAAGUUUGGAUGGUGUACGUGGGACGCGUUUUAUCUAAAGGUGCAUCCUCAUGGGGUCAUGGAAGGCGUAAAAGGACUAGUUGAAGGUGGAUGCCCACCGGGGUUUGUAAUAAUUGAUGAUGGAUGGCAAUCCGUAGCUUGUGAUGAUCACCUAAUAGAUUCAGAAGGUAUAAACACAACAGCAGAUACCUGCGAACAAAUGACAAUGGCAUGCAGACUCACAAAAUUCAUUGAAAAUCGCAAGUUUCGAGACUAUCAAAGUUCGAGAUCAGAGGGUCCUAAGAACGGGUUGGGAGCCUUUGUUAGGGACUUGAAAGAGGAAUUUAAAAGUGUAGAUUAUGUUUACGUUUGGCAAGCUCUUUGUGGCUAUUGGUGUGGAAUAAGGCCGAAUGUACCUGGGCUUCCACAAUCAAGUAUAGUAAAGCCCAUUUUAUCGCCUGGACUUGAGAAGACAAUGGAAGAUCAUGCCUUUGAUAAAAUAGUCAACAAUGGAGUUGGGUUGGUCCCACCAGAUAAAGUUGACCAGCUAUUUGAAGGUCUAUACUCACAUCUAGAUUCUGCUGGCAUUGACGGUGUGAAAGUGGAUUACAUUCAUUUGCUCGAGAUGUUAUGUGAGGAUUAUGGGGGAAGAGUAGAGCUAGCGAAAGCAUACUUCAAAGCAUUAACAUCUUCCGUAAGAAAUCAUUUAAAGGGAAACGGGGUAAUUGCAAGUAUGGAACAGGGCAAUGACUUCAUGUUCCUUGGCACCGAGGCCAUUGCUCUUGGUCGUGUUGGGGAUGAUUUUUGGACUGAUUCAACGGGAGACCCAAAUGGUACAUUUUGGUUACAAGGGUGUCAUAUGGUGCAUUGUGCUUAUAACAGUUUAUGGAUGGGGAACUUCAUACAACCAGAUUGGGAUAUGUUUCAAUCCACUCAUCCUUGUGCCGAGUUUCAUGCUGCAUCUCGAGCCAUUUCUGGUGGCCCGAUUUACAUUAGUGAUACCGUAGGAAAGCACAACUUUGACUUGCUUAAGAGCCUUGCUUUGCCCGAUGGAUCAAUCUUACGUUGCCAAAGUUAUGCCCUCCCAACCCGGGAUUGCCUAUUUGAAGACCCGCUUCAUGACGGUAAAACCAUGCUCAAGAUAUGGAAUUUGAACAAGUUCACUGGAGUUAUCGGAGCCUUCAAUUGUCAAGGAGGGGGAUGGUCUCGUGAAGCAAGAGCCAACAAAGGCUUUUCCGAGUGCUCUUGUGUCGUGACCUCCACGUUUAGGCCCACUGAUGUUGAAUGGCAAAACGGGAAAUCCCCAAUCAAUGUCGACGAUGUCCAAGCCUUUGGAAUAUAUAUGUUCCAAGAAAAGAAGUUGAUUUUAGCAAAACCAGGUGAUAACAUAAAGAUUGCGUUAGAGCCAUUUAAGUUUGAGCUUGCAACCGUCUCCCCGGUUACUGUUUUGGGCCAUAACUCGAUCCAGUUUGCUCCGAUUGGGCUCAUAAACAUGCUCAACUCUGGUGGGGCGAUCCAAUCAGUUGCAUUCAAGUCAGGUGUGGAUGGAACUUGUAUGGUUCAUGUCGGGAUGAAGGGUGCCGGAGAAAUGAGGGCUUUUGCAUCCAAGGAACCAAGUGGAUGUUACAUUAACGGAGAAAAUGUUGAAUUUAAUUACGAAGAACAUAUGGUCGUAGUCGAUGUUUCUUGGCCCACCACCGAUUUGUCUAUGAUCGAUUAUGUGUUUUUGGAUCCAUGAAAACGUAAGAGGAUAAUUUUGAAGUCUUUGAACAACUAAUAAGUACAUUAUUCAUUAAGAUUUUUGAG